AUGCACGUGGUCUGCACGUACAAGGGUGCCGACGAUAGAGCCUACCGCUAUGUUUACGAGCAGGAAGAUCCGCAAGGGAAAUUCGGAAUCAACCUCUCAAAAUACCUAAUGGUGAUCGCCGGCGAAGCCCUCAAAUCCAACAUAACCACAAUCGGCCCGCUCGUUCUCCCGCUGUCGGAGCAGCUCCUCCUCCUCUUCACCCUGAUCGACCGGAAAAUCUUCAAUCCCAAACGGAAACCCUACAUUCCCGACUUCAAACAGGCCUUCGAACACUUCUGCAUCAACGCUGGCGGCUGCGCUGUCAUCGACGAUCUCCAUAAGAACCUGCAGCUUUCGUCGGAGCACUUGGAGGCCUCCAGGAUGACGUUACAUCGUCAUGUUGUUGAGACAGGGCUGUCUUUAAUGGCUCAAGCAUCUGUCACGUCUCAUUUUUGGGACUAUGCUUUUGAAACUGCUGUGUAUCUAAUUAAUAAAAUGCAUACUCGUGUUCUAUCUGAUGAGUCCCCUUACUUCCGUUUGCAUCGAUCUCCCCGUCCUAUUCUUACUUGCUAUCCUCCGCCUUAUCGUGGUUAUCGUUGUUUGGACACUAACACUAACAAGGUUGCUACACCGCGUUCCAAACUGUGGGCUACUGCACCAAUUGUGACGGGCCAAGGAAGUGAUGUCUCGACCACGGUUACUGAUGGCGCUAGGCAGAUUCACGAGCCUGUGGCGACUUUUAGCGGUGAUGCCGAUCACGGUCACGAGCAGUCCGCAUCGAGUGAGCAAACUGCGGUCAAGUUUCCUGAGUGGCGUGAUGCAAUGGAUGCGGAGUUCAAUGCCUUGGUCCAUAAUCAUACGUGGCGUCUCAUUCCAUCUCAACCAGGUAUGAAUGUUGUUGGUUUCAAGUGGGUUUUCAGAACCAAACGGAAGGCCGAUGGUUCAAUAGACCGUCAUAAAGCAAGGUUAGUAGCCAAGGGUUUUAAUCUGGUUGCUGGAGAUGACUUUUUUGAGACCUUUAGUCUUGUGGUUAAGCCCACCACAGCUCCACGUGCAUGGUUCACAAGACUACAUGAUUUUCUUGUCUCCGUGGGCUUCUCGCAUUCUAAGACGGAUGUGUCUCUUUUUAUCUAUUCUCAUGACAUUAUUCGUCUUUAUUUCUUGGUGUAUGUUGAUGACAUUUUAAUUAUGGGUUCUGACUCAGAUCGUGUUACUGCUCUUAUUGAUAAAUUUGCACUUGAAUUUAAGGUUUGUGAUAUGGGUAUGCCUUCUUUCUUCUUGGGAAUAGAAACUGCCCCGUUAUCUGGCGGUAUGCUUUUAUCCCAACAACGGUACAUGAAGGCUAUUCUCAAACGUGUUGGCAUGGUGGACUGCAAGCCAGUAAUCACGCCUGUCUCUUCUGCGAAAAUCACAGACGACGUGGCCGUUCCCUAUGCUGAUCCAACACAAUAUUGGAGUUUUGCUGGUGCUCUCCAGUAUCUUACGAAGCAACGGACUGUGGCACGUUCUUCGACUGAAGCAAAAUACAAGGGAAUCGCUGAUGUAUCUGCAGAAGUUACAUGA